AUAAGCCUGUACAUUUUCCUUCUGUACUUUUUCUUUCGAGAAACCACUUAAACCCUUCUGACCUUAACCCUCCCUCAGAGGCUCAUACAGUUGCUCAAGCCUCGAACGGUAGAGUCACCUUCCGAUUUUCUCCGGCGACGUCCGGCGAAAUUGCUGUUCAGGCCUCCUCCUUUGUAGCUCCGGGUCGAUUUGUUUUCGUUCCAAUUGGCCGGCGGGUAUAGCGGAGUUCUGAGAACUAUUGCAGCAUUGUCUAACUGUUUAAGAAGGCAAAAAAGAUGGAGGUGAAGGCAGCUAACAUGGACCGAAUAAAUUUGAUACCCGCUGCAGAACAGGGAGUUUCUGAGGAGGAAGAUAUGAAAGUAAAGAAAUAUCUCAGGGGUAAAGCUACAGAUUUAGGGGCUUUACAAGAUAAGAAAUUGAAGGGGCAGCUUGCUGUGAGGGAAGAAUUGUAUGGGAAAUCUGCACAAGCUGCUGCCAAGGCUGAGAAGUGGCUUAUGCCAAGUGAAGGAGGCUAUUUGGAAGUUGAGGGUAUAGAGAAGACAUGGAGGAUUAGGCAGGAAGCAAUUGCUGGUGAAGUGGAUGUGCUGAGCUCAAGAAAACAGUUUGAUAUCGUCUUGCCAGAGCUUGGUCCGUACACUCUGGAUUUGUCCUUGAGUGGUCGGUAUAUGGUAGCAGCUGGAAGAAAAGGUCAUCUGGCCCUUUUGGACAUGAAAAAUAUGGACCUUAUUAAAGAAUUUCAGGUUAGGGAAACAGUUCGUGAUGUGGUAUUUUUACAUAAUCAGAAGCUUUUUGCUGCUGCUCAAAAGAAGUACGUGUAUAUGUAUAGUGACAAUGGUACUGAAUUGCACUGCCUGAAGGAACAUGGUGCUGCAGCAAGGCUUCAAUUUCUGAAUAAGCAUUUCCUAUUGACAUCCAUAAACAAACUUGGGCAACUUCAUUUCCAAGACAUAACAACAGGGGAAAUGGUAGGCAAUUUUCGAACUGGUCUAGGUCGCUCUGAUGCCAUGGAGGUAAAUCCGUUCAAUAAUGUGACCGCAGUUGGUCAUUCGGGUGGUACAGUAAGCAUGUGGAAGCCUACCAGUGCUGCUCCACUUGUCAAAAUGCUUUGUCAUCAAGGACCCGUUACAGCUUUGGCAUUCCACUCAAACGGCCAUCUCAUGGCAACAGCUGGAAUGGAGAGGAAAAUCAAGCUUUGGGAUUUGAGGAAGUUCGAAGUUCUCCAAACAUCACCAGGCCAUGCCAAGACCAUGAAUUUCAGUCAGAAAGGUCUACUUGCUACAGCCACCGGAUCUUAUGUGCAGAUAUUGGGAGAUUUCUCUGGGUCUCAGGAGUAUAGCCGCUAUAUGGGCCAUUCCAUGGCUAAAGGAUACCAAAUACAGAAAGUGGUGUUUAGGCCAUACGAAGAUGUAUUGGCCAUUGGGCAUUCAAUGGGUUGGUCAUCCAUAUUGAUUCCUGGAUCUGGAGAACCCAACUUUGAUACUUGGGUGGCAAACCCAUUUGAAACACGUAAACAGAGAAACGAGAAGGAAGUUCGCUCUCUUCUCGACAAACUUCCCCCAGAGACUAUCAUGCUGGACCCAACAAAGAUUGGUUCCGUGAAGCCAACAAGGAAGAAAGAACAGCCGACUAAGCAGGAGAGGGAGGCAGGGAAGGAAGCUGCUGUAGAAGGCGCUAAGAGUAUUUCUUUCAAGAAGAAAACAAAAGGUAGGAGCAAGUCGAGUAAAGUGGCCAAGAAGAAGCAAGAAGCUGUAGCCAAUGCCAAGAAACCUUUCUUGGAGCAACAAGCUAAAGAUGCAGAAACGUCGAAAAAGAAAAGGAAGCGCAAUGAAGUCGAAAAUCAACUACCAAAGUCCCUGCAGCGAUUUGCUCGCAAGGUACCUACAACAUGAUUCUACUCAAACCAUGAGAAUUUUGGUUCUUCAUUUCCUUUUUCAUCUGAGCAUUACUUAGAAAUUCUUUUUAGCAAACGUGGAUGUGCUGUAGAAAUGUUUGAAACACUUGCAAUUUACGUGAAGUAGUGUAUGGUCGUUUUAGUUGGGGUACGCCAUAGAAAUAGUUGUUUGAGAUGAAGGACUUGUGUCAUUAGAGGUUGACUUCGCUGUUGUAUUGAUUGUAACUGCAAAGCUGAGUUCAUCGUACAUUCUUUCUCAUACUUCCAUGCGGCCCCAGCUUUCUAUGUUUAUGUUUAAAUUGAUAUAGAAUUUCAGGCAGUGUUACGAGGAAGGAAAUACUUCUGUUUUAAAUUGUACCUUAAACUUUUUUCCCCAGAAUAGUUAAAUUAGUUAAUUUCUUUA